AUUCAUUUCCACAUGUAAUACUUACAUAAAAAGGGAAGAAUCCCCCGUUCUCACUUUUGAGUGACUGAAGGCAAAGUGUAAAGAAAUGCAAAAAAAAAAAUUUUUUUUUUAAUUCAUCCUUUGGUUACAAGUUAGAAAUUUUGUACAUCUUUGUUGUCUCUUAAUUUUGUGUUUAGGAACUUGGUUUCUCUCAGUUAACUUCAAAUGAAAUUGGUUUCUCUCAGUUAACUCCAAAUGAAACUGCACUAAGGCGAUAACUUGGUCUCCUCUUGCUGCAGCCAUCUUCUGACUGUCUUAUAAUAAAUGGAAUUGGAUUCAGAAGCUUUUCUCCCCCUCAACUUACAUUAGGUGACAUGGCCUAGAUUGACAGGCAACACUGAUGCAUUUAUGAAGCAAAAUAACCCUAAACCAUGUUUCUGAAAUUUGCACAGAUCCAUUAACAGGCUUUAACAUAACUUGCUUUAUUUUUAUUAUGAUGUGACUGAAGUGUGUGCAACCAUAAAACUUACCGUGAACUGAUGAUUGUUUUUCUGAAUCUAAGUCACUGUAAUGUCCAUGACAGUGGUAGGAUUCAGGCAGGGUAAAGUUUCCCGUUACACUGUAUACUAAGAAAUCGCCUCGUCUUUCUGACUUUAACCUUGGAGAUGACUUCAGCAGAACCCCUGUCCCUCCAAAGUGCCAUAAUAUUUUGUCUGUUAGAUUUAUGGCUGAAGUAAAAACAUCUAGAUUUUGUCAGAGCUUAGAGACUAACAGAAACACUGCUGAUGGAUAAGCGUGUGAAGCCCACUCAGUCUCAGCUUUGCCAGCUGUGUUUGUUUGAUGUCAACCAAAGUCUCUGUUUUUGUUUUUGUUUUCUCUUUUUUAAUACAUGUACUUUAAUAAGGAAGAAAAAGAACUAGAGCAUCACUGUGGUACAUGUGAUGCCAGGAACUGAACUCAGGACCUCAUGCUUUCUCCACUGGAUUCUCUGAAUGUGUUUUCUCAUCUCUGUUACACAAGGGCUGGACUGGUGGUUCUGAAUCUCAUAACCUCUGCAAGGAGUCAGAAGACAGAACCUCUGAGUGGUUCAGGGGACCAGCCGCUCUUCCGUGGAGCAGACAGAUACGAUUUCUCCAUUAUGAUUCCUCCAGGAGGCAUGGAAUGCUUUUGGCAAUUUGCCCACCAGACUGGAUACUUCUAUUUCAGUUAUGAGGUUCAGCGAACACUGGGAAUGUCACAUGAUCGGCAAAUUGCUGCCACCGCACAUACGCCACAGGGUUUCCUCAUAGACACCUCUCAGAACGUUCGGGGCCAGAUUAACUUCUCUACCCAAGAGACAGGUUUUUAUCAGCUUUGUCUAAAAAAUCAGCAAAAUCACUUUGGUUCUGUGCAAGUAUACCUCAACUUUGGAGUCUUCUAUGAGGACCCUGAGAUGGACCACAAACAGGAGAAUAAAAGAAAACAACUGAAUGAUACUCUGGAUGCAAUUGAGGAGAGUACACGAAAGGUGCAAAAGAAUAUCUUUCACAUGUGGAGACACUACAACUUUGCACGCAUGAGAAAAACGGCUGACUUUUUCCUUCUCCAAUCAAAUUAUAAUUAUGUCAACUGGUGGUCAAUUGCCCAGAGUCUUGUUAUUGUUCUUUCUGGGGUCCUACAGUUAUAUUUCUUGAAGCGCCUUUUCAGUGAUCCAACAACAGACACAAAGAAGCCAAGAUGCUAAACAAAGAGGACAGUAUCCUGGCUCUUUUCUGAGACAGUUUUGUUUAAAUCAGCUUUGAAAAUUAUUGGAAAAAAAAAUCUCAUCAGCAAGUUUUAUUGUCCUCAUCUACAAAAGAAAAGUUGACAAUAAAAUUAAAAACACGUUAUGGUUUAGUUCUGAUUAUUUCUACAGUAUUUACUAAAUGCUACUACCAGGUUGCUAACAGCUCACCUGCUUUGCCUUCCAUCCAACCCAGGUUUGAGCCUGGCUUCCAACUGCAUGAGGGAAGCAUUGGGGGUAUUUUCCCCGGCAGUUCACCAGGCUUUAUGGAGCCCUAGCAAUGAACAGGAUGGGAAAGAAGCUA